AUAAACUCACUCCUCUCUGGUUCUUUGUCAUACGGAGUGAACAUGGAUAUACAAUCUGAAGGAAAUAAGCUGCGUAUUAUCCUGGUUGGGAUAACAGGAUGUGGGAAGAGUGCCACAGGAAAUACCAUCCUUGGAAAGAAGGUUUUUCACAAAGAAUCAAGCUCCAAGUCAGUGACCAGGCAGUGUAAGAAAGCUACUGAAAUUGUUGAUGAUAAAGAAGUCACAGUGGUGGACACUCCUGGAUGGUGUGAUACGGAGCUAUCUGAUGAAGAGCUUAAGGAGGAAGCAGUCAAGUGCAUGGACCUGGCCUACCCUGGACCGCAUGUCUUUCUACUUGUGUUAAAGAUUGGUCGUUUCACCAAUGAAGAGAAAAAAACAGUCCAGAAAAUACGGGAGGUCUUUGAUGGAGAUUCCAAUAAAUACACAAUGAUCCUGUUCACAAGAGGUGACGAUCUGGAUGGAAACAAACGUAUCAAUGACUAUGUAAGAGAGGCUACACCAGCUCUUAAAGCUUUAGUUGAUGAGUGUGGGGGCAGAUAUCAUGUUUUCAACAAUAAAGAUCAAAACCGUAAACAAGUAUCAACACUCCUCAAGAAGAUCCAAGAUAUGGUGAGAAACAACAAUGGGCAGUGCUUUUCUAACACGACAUACCAACAAUUACAAAAAUACAUACCAAGAGAAGCUGAGUUAAAGAUGCAAAUCCAAGCUGCUGAGAGGGAGAAACGAUUCGUAUUAGUGAACGAGUGGAAUAAACACUACAGGCAGAGAGAAGCAGAGCUAAAGGAACAACUAAGACAAAAACAACAACAACAACGAACCAGUAAAUUGAUUGACCAGUUUACAAUGAUGUCUGCAAAUAAGCAAACGGAAGAAGAAUUAAAAGCUAUAAUUCAUGAACUAAAACAGCAGCUGGAAAAAGAAAGGGCUGAAAAGGAAGCAAUGUAUAAAUCUCAACAAGAAAAGUGGAGUUGCUGUAUUUCAUGAAAGCCUUGUUAAUCUAGAGGUUUCUUAUAAGUUUUUCAGAAUUACUCAUAAUGUAUCUCAAUGGUAAAAUGAUUUUGGAUUUUAAAAACACAUGGAUUGGAUUUUUAAGCCACUUACUAUCAAAUCAAUUCACGCUUUUAAAAACUCAUUUAUAUUGUCUCUUUAAUUCUGUCUGCUCCAUGAUUAAAAACCUUUAAAAAAUCUGUAUAACUGUUUAGUAAAUCAUCAGACAGAUGAUUUUAGAGUUGUGUUUCUUAUAUUGCAUCAUAAAUUCAGUGUAAUUUUUGUCUCAUAAAGAAAAUGUUGUAGCGACUUUCAUCCUGCACAACAAAAACAUUGCUUACUUUCUCACUUUAGUGGUGAGGACUCCAUCAAAGUGCAUUUUAAAGUAAAAUAGGUUUAGAUUUUAUAUUUUCUAAUAAAAAAAAAUUAAGCACUGUCAUUUAUCUGAGUAAAAUUUAUCUUGUAAACUGCGUAACAAUUCCCAGAAUGUAGCAGCAGCAGCAGCAUCAAUAAGAGACCCAGGAUUCUCAUUGAAGGGAAAGUUUUUUGUCUGUCAGUUUGUUUCUUGCCACCCAUGUCUAAUAGGUUUAACAAGCGCGCAUGCACGCACACAAACAUUCACGCAAGCAAAUCAACUAAACAUGUAUAUUUAUUGAUGCACAAAUAAGUAAAUGAAUGCAGGUGAGUAUUGAUAGUGUUGUGAUUUUUUUUUAAAUGGUAACUGAUAAUUAAGAUGCCUUUUAUUUUUCAAUAUGUAUGUGCACCUUCAUGUAAACAUUUUUUUAUUAUUUUGUAUGGAUACCUGUAAGAAUAAUUGCUUUUGUGU